UAGAAUUUACCAUUAGUAACUUGUUGAACUCGCGCGGUAUUUUGCAUCCAUGCAGAAUGAAUCAGAUCGUUGCGAUGUCCUUUGUCGUGCUGUUUCUUUGUUUAACGUACUUACCGAAUGACGUGCUGACUGCUCCAGGUGACACGAAGCCUUCUACUGAGGGUCCGAUCAAAUGCGACCGAAACGAGGAGCCCACGGAUUGCGUCGCGUGUAUGCCAACUUGUGAACGUCCUUUUCCUGGAAUAUGUCAGGGACCAAUCUGUAAACCAGGCUGCAAAUGCAAGCCAGGAUAUUUGAAGGACACCGACAAUGACUGCGUGUCGAUCAUAGGUUGCAUAAUCGACAAUAUAAGACGUGAUCGGCCAUGGUCGAUUAGUGAUUUCAUGAAGCCUUUACAGAAAAAGAACAAUUAACAUUUUUCAAUUUUCUUGAAACUGCUAACUAAUUCGUAACUAUAGUCUCCGAUAGAAACGACUAGACUGAAGAUUCUUGUGCAAUCUCGAUGCUUCAUAAUCAGGAAUCUUGAAACUGUGUAUAGAGUGCAAUAAAAUUUAUAUUUCUGUACUAACGAUUUCAAUGUCUUCAAAAUCAUGUAACGCAUAAAUUUAAUUACACUUCUAAUAAAGUU